AUGGCGGAAGUCGGUCCACCGGACUACGAAACACAGAAGCUUGAAAUAGAAUAUCUAAUGAAGCAGACCCUUGAAAAGGGAGACACUUGGUAUCUGGUUGACAUAUGGUGGUUUAAGCAGUGGAAAAUGUUUGUUGGGUUUGAAUCGUGGGAUAUUGAUCAAGCAGGUGAAGACCGUGCCAAUCCUGGACCAAUAGAUCAUUCCUCCUUACUAAAAGAAGACAACAAGACCUUGAAGGAACAUCUUGUUGAUGAUCUUGACUACUAUUUACUGCCGGCUGAGGCCUGGUCCAAAUUAGUGGCUUGGUAUGGGACUGCGGUAGGACAGGAAGCUAUUUCUCGGAAGGUCAUUGAGGUGGGAAUGUUUGUGAAACAUUGUAAAGUGGAGGUGUACCUUCUCGAAUUGAAGCUUUGUGAAAAUUUCGAAUCCAACACAUUUGUGAACAAGUUCUUCAGUCGAACUGAUACCAUAGAUAAUCUACAUAAGGAAAUGAGACGCACGUUCGACAUCCCUGACGAGAAAGCAGUUCGUCUUUGGAAUCGCUACAUGAGCAGCACGUACGAACCUCUGAACAAACCUGACAAUACACUACAAGAUGCAGGGCUCUACCAUGGACAGGUGAUAGUUAUUGAGCAGAUAAAUGAAGAUGGAAGCUGGCCAAGGCAAGUAACAAGUAAAAGUAGCUUCAACUCAAGCGAUGACACUUAUGUUUUCAUGCCAUGCACCACAAGUGACAAGAAGGACACAGGGAAAACAACUCGUCAGACUGAGCCAGGCUUUAUUCAAAGCUGGCAGAGAGGGAAAUCAAUAACUGAAUGUCUGAAGUAUUCACUUCAGAAAGAAGUUCAUACUGACGUCGUAUUCAAGGUGGGGCAGUCACAAAAGAACAUGCAGGCGCACAAACUUAUACUGAGUUUGCGCAGCUGCGUGUUCGAAGCCAUGUUAAAGGGCCCAAUGGCAGAGCAGGAUAACAUAGUUAUACCGGAUGUGGAACCAGCCAUCUUUGAAGAAUUUCUACAGUAUCUGUACACUGAUGAAGUCACACCCACCGGUGACAAUGUAAUCGGCCUGCUGUAUGUAUCCAAGAAGUAUGACGUCAGUACCCUAGAACAGCAGUGUCUGACGUAUUUGUCGUCAUCGAUGACGUCAGACGACGCUUGCUUCGUAAUGGAGCAAGCGCACCUUUACGAUGAAAUACAACUGAUGGAGAAGUCACUGAACUGUAUUUUAGAAAAUGGUGAUGCCGCUCUUAAGUCGGCUGGACUUAUCUCUCUCUGUCAUGAAUGUUUGGUUAAGAUCGCAAAAGAGGACAAUCUGAAGGCAGAUGAGAAAUCAGUCUUUGAAGCUGCCAUGAUUUGGAGUGAGAGCGCGUGCAGGAAACAAAACAAGGAUUUAAGUCCAGAAAGCAGACGAGAGGUCCUUGGAGACGUCAUAUCGCACGUGCGCUAUCCAUUGCUAGAUCAGGAAUAUUUCGUGAGAAACGUCGUACCUAUGAAAGUAUUAACAACUUCAGAAGAAAGUAAGAUAUUGCAGUACUGGGUGUGCCCAGACGUCAAUGUUUCACCAUUUAAUCCCAGAAAGCGGACUGGUGGGAUAGAGAGAGAACACUAUGUACCUCCCUGGUCCAAAAAACCCCGCGGCAAUAGAUGAAAUGAUCAAAGGGUCAUCAAUAACAAAGAUACAGGUAGCUCUGGCGUCACCAUAUGACGUAGAUUUCCUUGACUCAUAGAAUUGAUCCAAAAAAAAAAAAAAAAAAAUAUGAUCGUUAACCCUUUAAUGUCCAUGGCAAAACGAGCAGGAAUUUAAAAAAAAAUGGUUUGUGAAUAAACAUAGCAUCAUUUU